CAAAGAAACGUCAUUUUCAUUCAAUACGAAUUUCUACGCUGCAGUGCAGUUGGUUGAUUAUUUCAGAUUAGGUGAAAAAUUCGUGUAGACGGCCCAGAGUCCGCGAAUUUUUUUUUUAUAAAUUGCAUUUCAAAAUAGACUUUGCGUGGGGUGUGACCGUCUGGUACUGGAAACGAUUGAUUAGUCACCGUUUGGGCGAAUUUUGAUACAAUGACCGAGCGUCACACUUUCGGGUGUAAUCUAAAUCCCAUCACUUGUCACGCGUGGAACAAGGAUCGAUCCCAAAUUGCUAUAUCGCCUAACAAUAAUGAGGUUCAUAUCUACAAGCGUGACGGAUCCGAGUGGAAGUUGUUGGACGUGCUGAAUCAGCAUGACCUACGUGUUAUGGGCAUCGAUUGGGCCCCCAACACCAACCGGAUUGUAACAUGUGCGGUGGACCGGAACGCAUAUGUUUGGUCUCAGGGUGACGAUGGCAAGUGGAAGCCAACGUUGGUACUUUUGAGAAUUAACCGGGCUGCCACUUGUGUCCGCUGGUCGCCGUUCGAGAAUAAAUUUGCGGUCGGUUCCGGUGCUCGGCUGAUUUCGGUUUGCUACUUCGAAUCGGAAAAUGACUGGUGGGUUUCGAAGCAUAUUAAGAAACCCAUCCGUUCGACGGUGACUUCAUUGGAUUGGCAUCCGAAUAACAUGCUGUUGGUAGCUGGUUCCACCGAUUAUAAGGUCCGUGUGUUUUCUGCCUUCAUCAAGGAUAUUGAGCAGCAUCCGGAACCCACUGCUUGGGGACCGAAGAAGCCUCUCGGUCAAAUGUUGGCGGAAUUUAAAAACUCAACCAGCGGCGGAGGCUGGGUCCACAGUGUUAGCUUUUCUGCUGACGGUAAUCGGAUUUGCUGGGUUGGCCAUGACAGUGCAAUUAACAUUGGUGAAGCGAACAAUGGAAACAUUGCUAUUAAACUCAGGACGGAGUAUCUUCCAUUUCUCUGCUGCGAAUGGAUUUCUCCACAAUCGAUUCUGGUGGCGGGUCACAGCUGUGUGCCACUCAUCUAUACUAUAGACAACAAUACAUUGAUUCUAGCGGCCAAACUGGAUAAGUCAACGAAGAAGGAACAGGGCGGUAUAUCGGCUAUGCGUAUUUUCCAAUCACUGGAUCGAAACUCACGCACUGAAAACUCCGACACAAACUUGGAAUCGAUUCACCAAAAUGCAAUAACAUGUGUUUGUUUGUAUUCUGGAAGCAAAGGAAAUGCUCAACGCAUCAGCACAUCCGGCUUGGAUGGUCAACUGGUCAUCUGGGAUAUAAAUACGUUGACUCGCUCGAUGCAAGGGUUGCGAAUCUAAUGCAUUGUUGCGGAAAUCAAACAGUAUUCAUCAGCAUACAGGAAAUAAAUUCCAAAUAUCUUUUCAAUACUUGUAGCUGUCUGUUUUCGCUAUCAGUGAAAUGUUUGAGGCGAACGGUUUAUUUUAUGCACUUAGAUAAAUAAAUUUCUGAUGAAUGUAGAGUCAUUCAACAAAUUCCAAAUUACGCAAUUGACUGUGUGGAAUAAACACGUAUUAGAAAAUGGCUUGAGUUA